CGAGGCGGGCGGAGCUAAGAGGCGCAGCUAUUACAGCAAGACCGUGAACGCAGCGCCAUCUGUUCUACUGUUCCUCCGUGAAAUCCGAGUCCAGUUGAACGAUGGUGACCAAGAGGAUCCGCUCAGAGUACAUGAAGAAGUUCAAAGACCCCAAAUGGGAGACGUUCAGUAAAUGCUAUGAAGAAAUGUUAAAAUACAGGCUGACCCGUAGGCUGCUUGAGCACUCGCACAAUCCCUGGUUUUGGGGCGGCUCAGACACUGAUUCCGAUUCUGGUGGAAGAAGUCCUACACCCGCGGGUAAGAACCAAACUAAAGAAGACCCAACCGAAGAACGGGAACUGGAGGAGUGCGCAGCCGUAAGGUUGAACAAGGUGAAGGAGAGAGCGAGUGACCCGACAGUAGUACCCAGGCUAGUCCUGGCGGAAGAUGAGAACACAAUCCAAGGGGCUGCAGAGGAAGUGCUGGAAAGGAAAUGUGAUGGAGGUGGAGAGGUUAAUCAGUUAGGUCUACCUGUUCUACAAGGGAAACAGACACAAGAAACAACAGGUCCAAAAUCACAGCUAACUUCUAGACAGGGUCGAAGUCAGCGAGUCAGACCUCUGCCAACACAGCAGAUAAAGGAGGACAGUAAACAAAACCGGCAUCCCUUUGUUUUGUAUGCAUCAGGGGAGAAAGACUCUGACAUUGCAAGAAGAAAAACACACAACGUACGGCCUGUUGCUUCUACAAAAGAGAUUCACGAGUCAGCUCUGCGUGCAAAGACACGAAGGGAAGUGGAAAGGCAGCUUCAGUCCCAGAGAGCAGAACGCAGACGAGCCAAAUCUGCAGAUGUGGACAAGACCAGGCUCAAGGUGGUGCCACCAGAGUUUAAUCCUUGGCUAACUGAGUACAUGCGCUGCUUCUCUGCUCGCUCUCGAUAGAAAGGGCAUCGUUAGACUACUAAUGUAAUUGUACCAUUGUUAUAAAUCAAAUCAAAAUGCCAUUGUUGCCUAUCACACAUGUGGUGUUGAUGCAUACAAGUCAAGAUCAUAUCAAGUAUUUAAGUAAUUUAGCAGUAUAUGCCCUCUUAUCUUAGCCUGACCAGCUUAAAAGAAAGUAGGGGCUAGCUUGCUGGCUAAUCUUAUAUAGAAGCAUGAUGCAAGGCAAUGAUUUACAAGGUAAAAGUAUAUUUACCAACAAUAAAAAUAAAAGCCACUCUUUCACAUGAAGCAUUGCCCAGGUUAUUGUUUUUAAUAGUACUUGACUUAGUUUGCAUGGAUGAGGACCAUGUUGAAAAGCCACUUUCGGCUAUUCCUGAUCAAUUGUAAAUAGAACAUUUUUUAUUAAAUUUGUGAGUGUUGUAUUGAUUUGCUUCUGUGAAUAAAAUAGUAGCACUCCUUCGUGCAAUAA